UUUACUUUUAAAAUUUUCAGAGUGUUUUUUUUCGCCGCCACAGGACCGAUUUUCUCACUUAUAAAUUAUUUCAACCAGAUCCCAAACUUUAUGACUUUGAAUUGAGUAGAGAACUUGAAGAAAAGUGGAAAUGUGCGAUAAAAAGAAGAAUUCCAGUGUUUUUUUAUCCUGAACAUGUACUAGAAAUGGCUUAUCUUGCAGUGCAUAAAAGUAGCCAUAAAAUAAGCAAAGGUUUGUUAGCAGUAGUUUAUUUCCCGGACCCCAUUUUCUCAGAUUUGUUCCUCGAUUCCGCUCAAUUUUGAACAGCAGGAUAAACAGUCAAUUUCUCCAAUUGCGACCCAAAAUUUAGUUAUUUUAAGCUACAAUCAUCUUUUUUGGGAAAAUUCUUUUUAAUACUAUUUUUUGACCUCCAGGAUCAGUUGACCGCUAGGUGUUACCUCUAAGAAUUUGAGGGAAGGGCGCGCGGUCAUAAUACUUGCUUCAAAGAUUUCUUAAUCCUACCCGAUUUAGUAUCAAGCAAUUCCACUCAUCGAGCUACAUUUUCCAGCAAGUUAUGGCCGGCGCCGUUUUAUGCUUACCCAGGAUUUGAUCACUUUUUUAUUUAGAUUCCCCUUUCAAUUUCAAAUUACCAAACGUUCCAAAAACUAUUGAAGAAAUGAAGAUUUUUCGUUAUUUAUUUCAACAACUUUUUAACUCUGCCUUUGACAACGUCUGUUUUGGUUGCUAUACAAUCAACUCAGAAAUGAUGGAAUUAUUAUUUUAUGAAAAUGAAACAAAUAUGCCUUUACAAAUAUAUUCUAAAAAGGCUAGACUAGAGAUUAAAGAUGGAAAUACUGAGUCUUUUUUUCCAUUUAUUUGGAAUCAUUUGGUCUCUAAUGUAUUUAAAUUGGAUAUUUAUAUACAAAACAACACGGAAAAACAUUACAAUAAUUUAUUCAAAAUUUUGACGACUGGAAGAAAUAAAUUUUCUGCCGCUUAUUUUUGUUGUCAUAACCAAAAAUAUUACAAUCUUAUUAUUCAGGUAAUAGUCAAGGUGUUGACCUUCUGGGUUGAUCCGGUUUUACCACUCCAAAUCUUUUGUGGAUCUGGACUUAUUGUUAAAUAA